AUGCGUACACGGAAACAAUCACGUGUAUUAUAUUAUUUAAUUAAUGGUAAUGAACGUUUAUCACAUUUGACAACAGAACUUGCAUUUCUUAUUGGUGAACAUAAACAUAAGAUAAUUGUUUAUUUUCAGUCAAAUAUUGAUGAAGAUACAGAACAUAUAUUAUCAGCAUGUGAACGACGUGAUAUUCAACGUUCAAGAAAAUAUCUUGAAGAUUUAGUACGAAAAGAGAAUAUUACAUUAUGUCAUUCACGUGAACGAAGUUUAGAACAAGUUCUAGAUUUCUUUCAUUGA